CUAAGUCCUGUUUUCCCUUAGUAUUAAAAGUUUCAGCAUCUCUUCCAGCCUAUGAUAAAGAUCCCGUGAAAGAGAGUAUGGCCCAGGAAGCCAAAAGACCACUGCUCUCAGAGGGAAGGAAACGUGCGCCAUUAGGAGAAGUGGAGGGGAUCUUCCUGCCAAGUACAACAGUGAAUAACUGGGACCAAAUACAGAAAUUCAAGGCCAAGGAUGACGAUCUUCUCAUCUGUACCUAUCCUAAGUCAGGAACAACAUGGAUUCAGGAAAUUGUGGACAUGAUUGAACAGAAUGGAGAUGUGGAAAAGUGUCGACGAUCAGUCAUUCACCUCCGGCAUCCUUUCAUCGAGUGGGCACGUUCACCUCAAUCUUCUGGUGUGGACCAAGCCAAUGCAAUGCCCUCUCCUCGGAUACUGAAGACACACCUUCCCACCCAACUAUUGCCUCCAUCUUUCUGGGAUAGCACCUGUAAGAUCAUUUAUGUAGCUCGGAAUGCGAAAGACUGCAUGGUAUCCUAUUACCAUUUCCAAAGGAUGAGCCAGACACUCCCUGAACCAGGAACCUGGGAAGAAUAUUUUGAAAACUUCAUGAAUGGGAAAGUGAGCUGUGGCCCCUGGUAUGAUCAUGUUAAAGGAUGGUGGAAGGCAAAAGAAAAACACCAAAUUCUUUUUCUUUUUUAUGAGGACAUAAAAGAGAAUCCAAAGCGUGAAAUUCAGAAGGUGAUGAAGUUCAUGGGAAAGAACCUGGAUGAAAUGAUACUGAAUAAAAUUGUGGAGGAAACAUCAUUUGAAAAAAUGAAAGAAAAUCCCAUGAUAAACCGUUCUACAGUGCCCAAAACUGUUAUGGACCAAUCCAUUUCCCCCUUCAUGAGAAAGGGAAUUGUUGGAGAUUGGAAAAACCACUUCACUGUGGCUCAGAAUGAGAAAUUUAACGACGACUAUAAGAAGAAGAUGGAAGGAACCUCUCUUACCUUCCGCAUGGAAAUAUGACAACAAUGUGGAUAAUGAUGAUGAUGAUGUUGAUGAUGAUGAUAGUAGUAGUAAUAAUAACAAUAAUAGCUACAUUUAUAUAGCACUUUCAGGUUUGCCAAGUGCUUUGCAAAUUUUAUCUCAUUUCGCCCUCACAAAUCCAUUCUUAACAGCCGUCAAACAAAAGAACCUAAAAAAGCAUGCUCUUAAUGUAUAAUCUAGUGGUGGAAUUGGUCUCCAAUAAUUACAGUGGUCAUAUAACACUGUUAUUAAAAAGACUAAUAAUUAAUGGUGCCUAGUGUGUCUGCCCUUAUGAAUGAACUUCACUUAUUAGACUGAGCAAAGCACUGAAGCUUGGAAACCAGGAACUUCUUCUCAUUCUUGCCCCA